GUUUUCGUUGAUCAAGCGGACCUCACAAGCUGCUUUCAGAGGCGCUGGGCUCCACAGAUGUAAAACAACGUUGGAUGUUAAAGUCUUGAAGCAUGUGAGUUUCUUCAACUCUUCACCACUUCUAUUUUAAGUCCGGCUUCCAGCCAUGUCUGCUGUGGUGGAUCUAAAGACAAAGGAGGAGAAGGAUGCCGAGCUAGACAGAAGGAUCGAAGCUCUACGGAAAAAGAAUGAGGCUUUGGUCAAGAGAUAUCAGGAAAUACAGGAAGAUAAGAAGAAAGCAGAGCAAGAGGGCAUCGCCGUGACAACGACUCGCAAACACCGCCCUCAUGAGCCUGACUCGGAACGGAGAAAGACGGAGAAGGAGAACUUCUCUGUGACGGUUGACAUUUCCAAACCAGCUGUGGAAAAGCAUAUGGUGAGUGAUGGGAAGCCGGCCGCAUAUUGUGGUGACCAUGGCCUAGAAGAGGGAGAAUCUGGUUGGCCUCUCGGUGAGGCCCUCCCCUAUAGAGCAGGCUCAGGCCGGCUGAGCAGAGGUGGCCACCGCGGGGGAAGAAGAGAACCUCGCCUAAACAAAGGUGAACCACGGUCGGAUUGGCCACCUCAGGAUGGAGAAGAUGGAGAGGGCCCUGAUCGCUCUGAACGGCCCUCUAGAGGAGGACGCAGAGGAGGGAGAGGUGGAGGAGGAACACCGGGAGGAUCUGGCUCUGAUAGGAAAUCAAAGGAGUGGGAGGAGAAGAGAAGGCAGAACAUAGAGAAGAUGAAUGAAGAGAUGGAAAAGAUUGCUGAAUAUGAGAGUGGUCAAAGGGCUGAAAGAGAGAAGAACCCCACACGGAACUUCCUGGAUGAUCCCCGGCGUAGUGGACCGAUACAAGACACCGACCGCAAGGAGGGAAGCAGACGACAUGUGCGCAACUGGGGUGGAGUCGACUUUGACAAUGUGAAGACUGGGACUGAGGUCGAGAAAGAAUGGAUGAAUCGUAGGCCAAGUGGUAAAGGCUCAGUGGAUAUGACACUGUCCAUGACUGGUCGGGAAAGAGCCGAGUAUCUCCGCUGGAAGAAGGAACGUGAGCAGAUUGAUGAGGAACGACUGGCUCGGCAUCGUAAUGCUACCGGCCAAUGGAGACGAGAGUGGGAUGCCCAGAAAACAGACCAGGGUUUCAGCAGGUUCAAGGAGGAAUCAGCUGUGGCCGGAGAGGGCACACCAGAACAAAGUAUCAGGAGAGCAGCUAGGGGGCGCAAUGCUCAUGUACAGCAACGCAGUGGAUCUUCAGAAGACAGCAAGAGGCCACCUAGAGACCCCAGUUUCGGGGACUUCUUGGGGCAGACCAAAUCCAGACAAGGUGGCCAUGGGAGAGGGAAGGGUCGGGGUCAAGGCAAGAGCUACAGUAUGCAUGAUAACCGGUGGGAAGGAGAAAAUGAAGAGGAGAAAGGAAGAAAGGAGGAGCGAGAAACUGAAAAGGAGAAGGACAAAGAAAAGGACAAUGAGAAAGAAGAUAAACCCAAAGCGCCAUUAUUAGAGAAGACGGGUGAUGAAGGACUUGCUGAAGAUGAUGAAGAAUGGGAGGAUGCCAGUGAUGGUGAGGAGGACGAUGAGGAAGAAGAUGAAAAAGGAGAGCACGGAGAAGACAAAGAAUCCACAAAAAAUGUUAAACCAACAAAAAAGAAACCUACCUCUCCUGCACUCUCUACUCCAAGCCCAAAAGUGCAGCGAACUCCCAGACCCAAAGUCCACAUCCCCUCCCCACAGGAAACACUCAGUAUGCCUGAAGGGCUCAAGCCUCCCAGCCCCUUCUUCCCACUGGAGGGCCACCAGCCAGUGUCAGACUGGGGUGAGGAGAUGGAGAUGCUUUCUCCUAGAAGUAGCCUGGGUGAGAGCCCUCUGAGGCCCAGCAGCAACGAAAGCAGCCCAGCCCAGCUGAAGAGCAACGAGGCUGAGCAUUAUACAACCCCUGGCCAGCCAGAAGAACCAGAUAAAAAGAAAAGCACAUCUACAGUGGUGGAGUCAACUACCUGUGAAACCCCAAAAGAGGCUGAACCAGCUGAAUCUACCAACACUGCAACCUCAAGCAGCAAAGAUACAGCUGAUCCCGUAGUUCCCGCCACUCCAGACAGCACCAUACAGAGUGAGGACAACGAAGCUCCUACUGUAGAGCAAGAUGAGAGUCAGCCUGAAACGAAGGCUGUGGAGGAGGCAGCAGUGGAGUCAUCAGAACAACUGUUCACAGGCUGAAGACUAAAUGCAGUAGAUGAACCUUUCAGUGGUCCACAGACCAGGGGAGGUGAGCAGAGGCAGGAGGGGACAUCAGGUUUAAUGGACAACUGUUUUCUGUAUAUCAAAGUGUCUGUUAGAGACAUUUGGAGCCCUGCCUCCAUUUCAUCCAAACUGUAUAGCCUGCUGUAUUUGUUCAGUUAUUCCCCAUUGGUCGGGAUUCUCUGCUGUUGUCAAGCCAUACUGCUGCUGCUUUUUUCAAACCAGUACCCAAAGCAUAUGUUUUUCCUGGGAUUAAUCAGUUAAGCAUACUAUGAUCAAACCAUGAGUUAAAAGUUUUUAAGUUUUUGAGGGAGAAGUGCCUGUUCCCCAUCAGCCUCAUUCUAAAAAUGUUUUGUUCCAAUCUACCUAGAGCACAAAUUAUAUAACCCUUUGUAAAUUAUAUUUAGCACAACAGCACUCAAAUACAUGACAUCUGAGAACCAAUUUUUAAUUUCAGGUCCUAAGCAUGGAUUUAAUUUGUGCCUAUGGUGUAUUUGUAGCUGAGAAAGUCUUUGAGGAAAAAAGAAAAGAAAAAAAAAACUAGGGCAUUAUAGUUUUUUUCAGGGCUGUGUCUUGAAGCUAUUAUGUUAUUAAAGAUAUGAAGACAAGCUGUGGAUGUUAAACUUAAACGAUUGGAAAUUAUGUUCAGAUAGGCUAAAGAAAAUCAUGGUAAAAAUUCUAGGAAUUCGAAUGAGGAAGAUUGAACAACUGGCCACAAAAAGAAAAGAAGAAUGUGUACCUCAUAUCAAAUCUAAUAUUGGUUUUAUUUACUUUUUAAUAUUUUGUUUAUGCAUCAUGUAUGUUUAGUAUUUUUAUGCAGCAGGUUAUUGGUUUAUGCAAGUGUAUUUGGUAAAGUGUAUCCCUGACUUUGAAUGAAUUGAGCAGGAGAUUGAAAACUUGCAAUAUGUAUAGAUCUUUAUAAAUGACAGACAUUCCAAUGCUUUGCACAUUACUGUGUACACAAUGUGCAUUGUGUAUCCUUGUUUUUCCAAUUUAGCUCGUGGAGCAGAAAUAAUCAUGACAUUUGUGAUUGUAUUGUACCUACUGCAUCUCCCUGCAGAUGAAAUGUCUUCCUCUUUGGGGUAGAAAAUAUAUAUAUUUAGGGCUUAUAAUUUGGUUUGCCUCUUGUAGGAUGUUUGUUUGGCUUUUCAGCUGUGCACGUAGCAUGAUGAUAAAGUGUUUAUGGGAUUUACCUCCAGGGAUUUCGUCCUGGACUACAUACAGUCCAGUCUUUUUGUUUUAGCUUACAGAAGAUAUUUUGGUUGAUUUUAUCACCUUAGAAUGAUGUGUGACCAGUAAGCGAGUGCAACUAUUUCUAUACUUUGUAAGCUGUCAUCUCAAAUAAAUGACAUCUGCCUUCUGCAUAA